UUAUCUAUUCAUCUAUUUAUGUAUCAGGUUGUCUGCUACUGGGGUACGUGGGCUAACUAUAGGCCUGGAGAGGGGAAAUUUACUCCAGAUCAUGUUAAUCCUGAUCUCUGUACUCAUCUUAUAUACAGUUUCGCCGGACUUGAUUCAGAAACAUGGACGAUAAAAACCCUGGACGAAUGGAUGGAUUUAGAGGAUAAAUAUGGUCUGGCAGGAUUCAAAAAAGCAACUGAUCUCAAGAAAUUUAAUCCUCAUCUUAAGGUAACCCUUGCUAUAGGUGGCUGGAAUGAAGGCAGUGAAAAGUAUAGUGCAAUGGCCUCAGAUCCAUCAAGGCGAAAAUCGUUUGUGACAAGUGCUGUUCAGUUCUUGAGGAAAUAUAAUUUUGAUGGAUUAGAUCUAGAUUGGGAGUAUCCAGCUAAACGAGGAGGAAAACCAGAGGACAAGGAAAACUUUAUUGAGCUAAUCAAGGAUCUUAAUUCUGCUUUCUCUAAAGAAAAAUUACUUCUGACAGCUGCUAUUGGAGCUGCUGCUGGCACUAUUGAUGCUGCUUAUGACGUACCUGCAAUGUAUAAAUAUCUUGACUAUGUACAUGUGAUGUGCUAUGACUACCACGGGAAAUGGGAUAAGAAGACUGGGCACAACGCCCCCCUGUAUCCUAGAGCUUUAGAACCUUCAGCAGACCAGGCGCUGAAUGUUGAAUACACUCUUAACUACCUACUCAAAAAGGGAGCUGAUCCUCUAAAAACCGUUCUAGGUGUACCUCUGUAUGGUCGAGCUUUUACUCUUCUUAACCCGAAUUCUAAUAAGAUGGGAGCUCCUGCCGCCCCAACAUCGUUUCAGGGACCGUAUACCCGGGAGGAUGGUUUCCUUGGGUAUAAUGAGAUCUGUCUUGAGUCUGGUGAUACAGAAGCUCCGUGGACGGAAAAGUGGGAAGAGGAGCAUGAGGCCCCGUACAUGUUCAGAGGUGACAGCUGGAUAAGUUAUGACAAUGAGAGAUCUCUCCGAAUGAAGGCCGAGUUUGCUUUUGACCAAGGCUUGGCCGGUGUUAUGACCUGGAGCAUAGAUACAGACGACUUUCUUGGACUUUGCAAUGGUCCAAAGUUCCCUCUACUGCGCACUCUGAACAAUGCGCUGUAUAAACGCUCUUCUGGCAUAUACAGCAGUGCAAAUGCCACGUCACUUUCCGUAUUCACAAUCAUCUUGACUCUCUUCCUUGCCUGGCGGCCAUAUUAAGAAAAGAAGACGACUUUCGCGAAAAGUACGAUAUUUUUAAUUUACGGAUUUUGAACUUUUUCGACAAACUACUUCUCGGAGUCUAUUUUUU